CUCCGCACAUGUGUAAUGGUUUUAAUCUCUUUUCUGUUUUUCCUUCCAUGCAGUGUUCAGCCUAUCCAGUGGACCUCUGACUGCAAGGACCCGAAUUUUGAUGGCAUUAUCUUAAUAACCCAAAGUUAUGAGCAGCUGCCUGCUGAGCUGGAGUGUUUGAAAGCACCAUUGCAGGACUACAGUGCAGUGGACUGUUGCUUUGGGGAAGAGGUCGUGGUUGUCAAGGCUCCUGGUCUCCCUGGUAACAGAUUGGUGUUUGCCUGCACCGGUCCAGUGAAUCGGGACUAUGAUGAUGUCAGGCGGUUCAACGAUGCUGCUGCUAAUGGCAUUAAGAGGGCUUUGAAAACCGGCAUGCAGCGCCCUCUGCUGGUUUGUCCCCCACACGACAGCUAUGCAAAAAACACCCUGGCGGCCGUGCUAGGAGCCCUGCAAAUUCUCUACAUGCCUCUAGAGGUGAGGGAGUCCAAGCCGUCCCCCGGGCAUAAGGUGUCGAUUCUGGGCAUCUGGGUGAAGAACCAGACUCAGGGAGACGCCAUUACUGAGAUGGCCACUGCUCUGGAGAGCGGCAGGUUUGUCUGUCGUGAUAUCGGCGGCUCUGACCCGGAGCGAAUGGCUGCCCCGCGUGUAUCUGAGUAUGUUCAAGCAGUCUUCAAGGAUAGUCCUGUAACGGUGACUGUAGUGAGUGAUUUGAAUACUCUGGAGAAGGAGUACCCCUGUUUGGCUGCAGUCAACCGCUGUGCUAACACUGUGCCGCGACAUCAGGCCAGGGUGAUCAAGCUGCUGUACUGUGGAGAAGGACCCAUUCAACAGACUCUCAUGGUGGUUGGCAAGGGCGUUACGUAUGACACCGGUGGAGCUGACAUCAAGGCCGGUGGAGUCAUGGCUGGAAUGCACAGAGAUAAAUGCGGAUCUGCGGCUGUUGCUGGAUUCUUCCAGAUCAUAGCCAAACUGAAGCCCAAACACCUGAAGGUUGUGGGUGCGAUGGCAAUGGUGCGGAACAGUGUCGGGUCUGAUUGUUAUGUGGCGGACGAGCUGGUGGUGACUCGCGCUGGUCGCAGAAUCCGAAUUGGAAACACUGAUGCUGAAGGAAGAAUGGCCAUGGUGGACUUGCUGUGUGAGAUGAAGGAGCAGGCGUUGCGGGAAGUGUCACCUCAUCUCUUCACUAUUGCCACUCUGACCGGACAUGCUGUCAGAGCCAUGGGGCCGCAGUACUCUAUCAUAAUGGAUAACGGUGCUGCUCAACGCUCAGGAAACGCUCUGCAGUGGCAGAAAGCGGGGGAGGUGCUGGGAGAUAUGUUUGAGGUGUCCACCAUCCGUCGGGAGGAUUAUGAGUUCCACAAAGGGAAGUCUGAGUAUGAGGAGAUCCUCCAGUCCAAUAACCUGCCUUCGUCUGCCACACCACGCGGACACCAGGCGCCCGGCGCAUUCCUCAUCAUGGCUUCUGGACUGGAUAAGCAUGGAGUGGACUCGGACAAACCUCUGCCUUACUCCCAUAUCGACAUUGCUGGAUCCAGCGGCCCUUUCCCGGGGGUCCCAACAGGAGCCCCAAUACUUGCCAUGGCGGCAAACUACCUGCAGCUCUAAACAUACGUCCAAUGAUUUUCUGCUCCUUCAUGAAUUCAAUUAUUUCUGUCUUGUGCCAUUUCUCGAUUAAUGGCUUUCAUAACUGCUCCGUCUGACAGAGUGUAGCCAAAUAAUGGCGCUUUUAUCCUUCCAUUAUGAACGCCAUCCAUCUUUAUCAUUUUAACACUUCAUACAUGCAUAUAUUCAUCUCUUCACGUCCUAAAAAAACCCUAUAUACUC